AUUUAGCAUUCGCGUGCGCAGCGUCCUUCAACAAGCCUUCAUCCUCUUGCACGUCGCUCGCUUACACCCUGAGGCCAUGUCUGGCUCUUGACGCAGAUCGAAUCUGAACUGGCUCUGCCAGGGCGUGCAGCCAGUCGCCCGCUGAAGAUAGCCUGGAGAUAAGUAGGUACGCGAUCCCGUCUUCAGCGGGCUGGGGCCUGCCCAACGUCGACUCCAGGCCGCCCGACGCUGGGUGCUUCGUGCUCAAGACGUGUUGCCCCGUUCCACACUAUUUCCCUUUGAGGCGAAUUGCGGAGAGAAACAACCAACCGGCCCGCGGUGUCUUGGGAUCAUCUUCAAGAUACUACUAUUAGGUAGGUAGUUACUAAGUUGCCUUCCUGAAGUGUACUUGGACACUUUGGUGCAAAAUGGCCAACGACUCGACUGUGGGCGUUGCUCUCAAAUUAGGUACAGCUGUAGAUGACUGCAAAGCUGCAAAGUGCCUCUGAUGAUUAUCGGCUACGUUAGUACUUCGUACAGGUCGGUGCGCUUGUGCUCGGUGCCUCGUGGAAAACCACCUCACUGAGCGACCUUGUUCAGUUGGCCAGUCUAGCGCCGCCCUGGCCAAUUACUAACAUGGAAGCUGCGGCCAACCACGGCUGUCAAUGGGCUCCAGGCGACGGCGGUGACUGGUGACCUCACCUCCCGGGCAUGACUCUUAAUAAACCAGCCCGAGCCUCUUCAGCCUUGCCCUCCCCCCUACAUCGUCUUUGCUCUCAACGCUCAGACUGGCAGAACAGCACCGUCUUAUCGAAAAUGAUUACUCGAAUACACGUGCCCUCAACGCUUGGAAACGAUAGAGCCCAGUCCUUAGCAAAACGACGGCUCGUACGCGCCACAAUCUAAACUGCAGUCAAUCUAUCCUACCCUCGCCCAUGGCUUCGAUAUUCACUUACGACCCUGAUCCGCCAAGGGUGUCCUCUCCCUGGCUCGCCCCAGAAGACGCGAGUAACCAGCCACCCAAGCUUUCACCAGCGCCCGCCUUACUCUCCGACUAUGGCGUCACCAAGCUGCAGGCUGAGCCGCAGGAAGGCCCGACAGAGUACAAGCUCCAUCUUCUCCUCAGGCCGAGACGGACAUACAAGUUCGUCAGUACUGUCAGGCAGGCGAGCGGUUCUCAGCAAGCCGGACCGCGAGAUGCAAACCCGGCAAAGUCGUCGCCGGUCACGCCCGCUGCCUCGAGUCAGCCUCGCCAGGAGCGUCUCCAGCAUCUGACAACCCAGCUCCUCUGGAGGCUGCAACAGUCGUCGCCCUACCACGCGACGAGCUCCAAGGAGUUGAUAAUCCCCAGGCUCCCGGACGAUUCCGUCGACCUCAAAUCGCCGGUCAAGCUUGAGGCGCUGGUGCCAGGUCUUGAGGAGUCUCGAGGCGCCUUGUAUGAGAUCGGUGUCUCCGACGAUGGCACGCUUGUCGGCCUCACAAAGGAUGAGAUGAGUGAAAGCAUUGCGACCUUGCGCGUCAUGGCAGCCAGCCUCGGCUGUACCGUUCGCGUCGUUCGCACCGUCAUUGUCGGCGAAUGCGAGUGGACCGAGGCUGUCGACCAUGAGGACGGCGCAACUCCAGCCCAAACUCACCAGACCAGGUGUGGAAAGCUAUGGGUGGCGGAGGCCAUGGUGACGCCAGAUCUCGGCCUUCGAGAUGACAUGCAGCCUGAACAAGACUUGAGUUCUGGCGAGUCCACUGGCGUCAAGACUGCCAACACCCCAGAACUCGUGGCGGAGCCGAGACGAGGAAGUUCUGCAACGCCGCAACUCCGGGUCACCCUCACUGGUCCGACCACAUCCGGCAAGUCGAGUCUUCUUGGUACCCUCUCUACGGGAACGCUGGACAAUGGACGUGGGAAGAGUCGUCUGUCUCUGCUCAAGCACCGCCACGAACUGGUCUCAGGCGUCACCAGUUCAAUUGCCCAGGAACUCAUAGGAUACAAGGACCAGAACAUUCUCAAUUUCUCCCAAGGCAACAUCGAGUCGUGGAUAGACAUUCACGACUGCGCCGAGAAUGGGAGGCUGGUCUUUGUGUCCGACUCAGGAGGACACCCUCGCUAUCGACGUACAGUCCUGCGCGGCCUUAUGAACUGGGCACCGCAUUGGAGUAUCCUUUGCAUCGCUGCGGACGCGUAUGAAGGAGUUUCAAACGGCGUCGGGGCGACCUCGUCCGCGCAGGAUGUUCUUGGGGCAGCCGCUGCCAGCGUCGACCUCGUCAAGGCUCAUUUGACCCUCUCGCUGAAGUUGGACGUGCCAAUGGCGAUUGUCAUUACCAAGUUAGACUUGGCAUCCAAGCUUAGCUUGCAAAAAACUAUGGGCAAGGUUCUCACCGCCAUUAAGGAAGCCGGGAGGGUCCCCAAAAUUCUCCAGCCUGAUCAGAGACAACAUGACGAUCUUAAGCAGAUCCCGGCAGAGGACCGCGCAAAGGUCAGAGCUGUUGUGCAGAGUAUCGAGGAUAGCGGCAGCCUGACAUCGCAUGUUCCUAUCGUGCUGACGAGCUCCGUCAAGGGCAUCGGCAUCGGCCUCAUCCAUGCACUCCUCGACGGGUUGCCUUUGCCACCGGCCCCGACAGCGCGAGACUACGUCGGGCUGGCGUUGAAUCCGGAGCAGCCCAAGUGCCUGUUUCAUGUUGACGAUACCUUCAACCUGGCGAGCUCAUACGGCGCGUUGGCAUCAGGCUCGGGGCACAGGGCGGACCAAGGCGUCGUCGUCUCGGGGUAUGUCCGUUUCGGUAGCCUCUCGGUGGGCGACAAGAUCGUGGUCGGCCCCUUUCAGCCUGAGGAUGAGGAAUGCCGUGGCUUUGGCGUAGCGAUGGACGAUCGCCCGUCGCCAGGGAAUUAUGGGCUAUCAAUAUCGCAUCCUUCGUCGGCGGAGCUAGCCCGGAUCGCCAUGAAGAAUGCGGUUUCUGCAUCAGCCAUCGCGGGGGAGUGGCACAAGGCUCAGAUUGUGAGCAUUCGCAAUCUACGGCUCCCAGUGCGAACGCUCGAAGCCGGGCAGGCCGGAUCCGUUGGUCUUGUUCUGGGGCUUGACGCGGACCAUUGCUCGCCCGAUGAUGAGGUGACUGCCGGCGAGGUGCCCCGCAUCCGCCGUGGCAUGGUUCUGGCGAUACCCUCAAAGCAUAUGCUUGACACGGGUCUAUCUUUACAGGCUGCCAGCGGCUUCACAGCAACGUUUGCAGACCCUACCGUGCAAAGCCUGGCUGUUGGUUCAUUUGUGAACGCAUACGUCGCCAGCGUUCGUGCUGCGGCGCGGAUACUCCGAGUCUCUCGCAGCGGGUGGCUCAAUGCAACAGGCAAAGGGGCGACAGACGAUGUUGACGACUUGUUCAGUCUGAGCGGAGAUGGGAUCGAGGAUGCUGGCAUCACAGACCCGUACGGCGUCGGGCAGAUAUGGGAGGUCAGCCUUGAGCUGCUGCAUAAUCGGGAGUGGAUCGAGAUGGGCUCCAAGGUUAUUCUUCUUGAAGGUGGAAGCCAGGAUAGGUCAGGACUCGAGGGCCAUGUAGGUAGCGUGAUUGAGAUUGUGGAUUGAGUUCCAGCGGCAUUGGCUCUGUUUGGAACAUCAACGGCCGGAUUUCCAUUUUAGACAUCGUAAAUCGAAUACUAGCUCUCGGAACGCA